GGGAGCAGUGCCGCCGAAGAUAAGGGACGACAUCCAUGGCAACCACCAUGGCAGAAGCGGAGACUCGUCAGCGGCUGGUGCGCACCGUCAAGAAGGAGGUGAAGCAGAUUAUGGAAGAAGCUGUCACCAGGAAAUUUGUUCAUGAAGAUAGUAGCCAUAUUGUGUCCUUUUGUGCUGCAGUGGAGGCCUGUGUUUUACAUGGACUAAAGAGACGGGCAGCAGGAUUUCUGCGCAGCAACAAGAUCGCGGCUCUCUUCAUGAAAGUAGGGAAGAGCUUUCCACCUGCAGAAGAACUGUGCCGGAAAGCCCAGGAACUUGAGCAGAUCCUGGAGACCAAGCGGAGUCAAAGUCUACAAAGUCAGGACAGUUUAAGAAAGAUCCCGCGUCUACCAAGCCUCGCGCCGCAAACUGUCAAAAACCUAUGGAUACGCACUGCCUUGUUUGAAAAGGUCCUGGAUAAAAUAGUUCUCUACCUGGUUGAGAACUGCAGUAAAUAUUAUGAGAAAGAGGCCUUGCUCAUGGAUCCUGUUGAUGGGCCUAUCCUUGCAUCUCUGCUAGUUGGACCAUGUGCUUUGGAGUACACCAAAAUGAAGACAGCUGACCACUUCUGGACUGAUCCGUCUGCUGAUGAGUUGGUUCAAAGACAUCGUAUCCACAGUGGCCACUGUAGGCAAGACUCUCCGACCAAGAGACCUGCACUUUGUAUCCAGAAGCGCCACUCAAGCAGCAGCAUGGACGAACGCCCCUCCCCGUCGCCUUCAGCUCGUGAAUAUGUUGAGUCACUGCAUCAAAACAGCAGGGCCACCCUUCUUUUUGGCAAAAACAAUGUGCUAGUGCAACCGCGGGAUGACAUGGAGGCCAUCCCUGGGUACCUUUCCUUGCACCAGACUGCAGACCUGAUGACUCUCAAGUGGACUCCUAAUCAGCUGAUGAACGGUUCUGUUGGAGACCUGGACUAUGAGCGCAGUGUUUACUGGGACUAUGCCAUGACAAUCCCUCUAGAGGAGAUUGUAUAUUUGCACUGUCACCAACAAAUCGACAGUGGAGGCACUGUGGUGCUCGUCAGUCAGGACGGAAUCCAAAGACCCCCUUUGCGGUUCCCCCGAGGAGGACAUCUGCUCCAGUUCCUGUCCUGUCUGGAAAAUGGCCUGCUUCCACACGGCCAGCUGGACCCACCACUCUGGUCUCAAAGGGGAAAGGGAAAAGUCUUCCCAAAGCUGAAGAAGAGGAUUCCUCAGGGCUCUACAGACUCAGUGUCAGACAAAGAGGAGGAUGAAGCCACUGAUUACGUCUUCCGCAUCCUGUUCCCCAAUAGUCAGUCCGAGUUUGCUCCACCCCCAGAGCUAAUAGACCGUGAGGCGACAAUGUGGCAUCCCUCCCUCAGGAAGUCCUCCUGCUCCUCCUGCUCUCAGGGCAGUUUCUCUGAGGGGAUCACCCCCAAAGGAUGCAACCAUGAGAGGGCACCUCUGAAGCUGCUAUGUGACAACAUGAAAUAUCAAAUAAUUUCCCGAGCAUUUUAUGGCUGGCUUGCUUAUUGCCGUCAUCUGUCCACUGUGCGCACACACCUCUCAGCUCUGGUCAAUCACACUAUUGUGGACCCCUGUGUGCCCUGUGAUGCUUAUAAAGGUUUAACAUCAGAAGUAUGGGAGACAUUUCUACAGAAUUCUACUUCCUAUGAGGAAAACGAGCUGCAGCGUCUGGUGUAUUUUGGUGGUGUGGAGCCCUCUCUGCGUAAAGAGGUGUGGCCUUUCCUUUUGGGUCAUUAUCAGUUUGGGAUGACUGAAGAUGAAAGAAAAGAGGUGGAUGAGCAGGUGCGUCUGUGCUACCAGCAGACCAUGUGUGAGUGGCAGAGCUGUGAGGAGAUCAUUCGCCAAAGGGAGAAGGAGCAGCACGCUGUAGCAUUAGCCAAAUGUUCCUCUGGGGCUAGCAUGGACAGCUCCAGCCAGAGGAUCGUGCAUCAUGACUCCACUGUGAGCAAUGAGUCCUCCCAGAGCUCCGACAGGCAGAGUCUAGCUCGUCUGCAGAGUGACUCCAGCAACAGCACACAGUCUCUUACGUCCUCCCAUCCCUUCCCCUGGAGUAGCCUGCUUCCCUUUGGCUUGUUCUUUCAGGUCUUUGAGUCUGUGGAGGAAGUGGAGCAGAUUGAGACCGAACCCAGAAGUGAAGAGCCUAAACAAUCCCAGCAGAAGAUGCCCAAUGGAGCGCUGCAGAAUGGGACAAGCUCACCUGAUUCAGGACACCCCUCCUCGCGCAAUUUCUCUGUUACCUCAGGCUUAUCUGAUGGCUCACUCAGCACUGAGGAAAGUGCCCAUGCCCAAGCUCCGCAAAGUCCAGGCAGACCCCCUCAAGAUGUAGAAGAUAAUCAGGGAAAAAGCAAAGAGGAGGGAGAGACAAUUCAAUUGGAAAUGCAGGAGAAAAGAGAAUUUAUGAAUAAAGACAGUAAUGAAGGUGAAAUGAGGACAGAAGAGCCUGCUAAUGCCAUUAUAGAGGCGUCAGAGCUGGUUAUUGAAUCUUGCCAAGAAGUAGAAAAUAAGAUGGGGAACUCCGAAGAAACCACUACAUCUAAAACUGUUUUCUCAACAGAAGUGAAUGACCAAACAGUGAAAGAAGCAGAGCAGAAUCUUGUCCUAUCCACAAAUAUGCCACAAACAGAAACUACCUACAACGAACAUCAGGCCACCACAGAGUCUGAUGAGUCACCUUCCGCCAUAGAGAUGGAAGAGAUACCCAAAGCCAAAGUGUGCCUGGUGCCCUGGAGUGGCACAGGCCACAGUGCAGAUGAAGGGGUCCCACAAGUAGGGGAGGGGAAUCCCAGUCCAGAGGCAACAGAGUCUAUAUUGUCAGAUGAGCCUGAAAUGGAGAGCAUCUGCCCACACUUUGACAAUGAAGCAGAAGAAGUUAAGAAGGAACAAAACUCAGAGGAAUCUACAGGAGGACCUUUCUCACAAGAGCUUUUGGAUUUGUACACACUCAACCUUCACCGCAUUGACAAAGAUGUCCAACGCUGCGACAGGAAUUAUUGGUACUUUACACCAGCCAAUCUGGAUAAACUGCGAAAUAUAAUGUGCAGUUAUAUUUGGAGGCAUCUGGAUAUCGGUUAUGUGCAGGGCAUGUGUGAUCUCCUGGCUCCUCUUCUUGUCAUUCUGGAUGACGAGGCAUUGGCAUUUAGCUGCUUUUCUGAGCUCAUGAAAAGAAUGAAUCAAAACUUUCCACAUGGAGGAGCUAUGGAUACACACUUUGCCAAUAUGCGCUCUCUAAUACAGAUCUUGGAUUCUGAGCUGUUUGAGCUUAUGCACCAAAAUGGAGACUACACCCACUUCUAUUUCUGCUACCGCUGGUUCCUUCUCGACUUCAAAAGAGAGCUGGUGUACGACGAUGUGUUCUCAGUUUGGGAAACCAUCUGGGCUGCUAAAUGUGUCUCGUCCAGUCACUUUGUCCUCUUUAUUGCUCUGGCACUGGUGGAAAUCUAUAGAGACAUUAUCUUGGAAAAUAAUAUGGAUUUCACUGACAUUAUUAAAUUCUUUAAUGAAAUGGCUGAGCAUCACAACAUAAAGCAGAUCGUGACCUUGGCCCGAGACCUGGUGUGCAAAGUGCAGAUGCUGAUUGAGAACAAGUAAUUAUGAUGCUCGUCCUAUAUGACUUCCUACCUGACUGUAGCAGCACAUUAACACAUCAUACAUAGAAGAUAUGAGGACAGCAGCCCAUACCACAAACACACACACCGCACAGAGCAUCUACUUUUACUGUUUUUGCUGCUAUCUCUCUUCCUGGCUGUGUCCACUGUAGACCUGGUCAAUGGUGUGUUUGCUGCUUCAUAUACUGUAUGUUCAGGGGAAAACAAAACCUCCCACAAGUGUCUACGUCUAUCUGAGUGCACUUACUACUAUUAGAUAUUUUUAGUUUCUCUAGACAAAAUGCAGAGCUGAAUUCAACCAGAGAUUAUAUUUAUGACAAAAUCAUGAGAUAAUUGUUUAUAUUUAUUAUAUAUUAAAAUAUAACAAUUUUUAAAAGUUAUCUAACUCUCUUACCCAAAUACUGAAUGUUAACUUUAUAUCCAAAUAAUUUUAUUAUGUGUUAGAACACAGAGCCAAAGUGAAUUCAAGUCCCUUGUAAAAUCAUACUUCUUUACACAGCUGUUCAUUACAGCUUACUGUGAUUUAACAACUAUUUUCUGUGUCUUUGCUUUGUCUGCCAAAUAGUAUGUUUAAGUGGCCUAUACUUUAUUAAGAAGAAAAUUAUUAUUAAAAUUAUCUCUGUACUUUAACUAUCCUGCUAUUCAAGGGAAUUGAAUGUGAAUUAAUGUUUAAACAACAAGCAUCAUUUAGUCAUCAUUAAAGUUUUAACCAUUGUAAAUUGUGCACUUUUUUUAUUUCCCUUGUGUCAAGUAUUGUCUAUCAUCUGUCAGUUGAAUUCAAGCUUAUAUAUUACAGUGGAAAUGUGUCAAAUAGUUUCGUUUAAUGUUAUUUAAAUAUGUGAAAGAGGCCUGGGUAUUUACAGUAGAGAUAUUUUUUCAUUAAUCUUGAGAAUACACUUUCAGCAUGAAUCUCUUUAUUGUCACUGAAUUAUAUUCAAGUAAUUAAAAACUGUUUUAUGUGACCAUGAAAAAUCUAUACAACUGUGUUGCUGAAGUUAAAAAACAACAGGUUUUGAUGUGUCCUCUUGAGGUGUUUUAUCAAUGUUAUUAUGAGCUAAAUACUGUGUGUUUGCUUAAAAGCCUAUAUGCCAAUAUCAGAGUGUUUUAAUUAUUGCAACAAUGUCCUUUUUUGUUCAACUAGGCUACAUACAUUUUCAAAUGCUGCUUUGUUUGUACUGUAUUUAUUUUGUGCCAGAUAUU